CGUUCCAAUCCUCAGCAAAAACGCCGUAAAGCCAUUAAAGCCAAGCCGCUCUCGCCUCGCAACCUCGCACUCUCUCGCGCGCUCUCGCGGAUAUAUAUAUAAAGCGGAUCGAGGCAUCUCACCUAUAGCCAUCGUGGCAUCGUCACCACCGCACCGCACACCCCCCGAGGGGCGGUCAUGGACCACCACGCUACGAUCUUGGAGGCCGGCGGCCAGGAAGGGGUGGUGGAGAGGCGGAAGCAGCAGCAGCAGCAGCUCGUGGACCCCAAGGACGAUGCCUUCCCCUUCGAGGUGACCUCGUCGUCGACGACGACGGGCAAGCGCCAGGCGCAGAGGAAGGCGGCCUCGCCGGAGGAUGAUGAUGAGGAGGCGGUGGCGGUGGAGGAGAAGGUGGCGCUGCUGCGGCGCCUGGUGCCCGGCGGCGAGGGCAUGGAGGUGGACGGCCUGCUGGAGGAGACGGCCGACUACAUCGCCGCGCUCAAGGCGCAAGUCGGCGUCAUGCGCGCGCUCGCAUGCCUGCUCUCCGGCCCCGGCCUCGUCGACGCGCUGCCGGCGGAGAAGGGUGCUGGUGGCCUCCUCACGCCGGAGAAGCCUCACUGACAAGGAACAGCAGCAAGCGGGUACUUCCUGCCCUCUUCUUCCGGCUAGUGACCCGAGCUUCGUCAGGUUCGUCUCCGCGCGUCUGGGCAUGCUGCUGUUGGGAGCAACCAGCGCAGCUAGGCUGUAGCGGUGUGGGUGCUUCAAUUCGGAUCGCACGCAUUUCGUCGUGUUCCUGCGUACCCUCCGUAUUGAUAAACGUAUUGAUAAAGGAGGUAGUUUUGGACAAGAUUUGGAUCAAAUAUUAAAAAUAUAAAUCAUCAAUAAUUUUUAAAUUA